UGUUGAACUGAAGCACACAAUCAAUUACUCUCUCCCUAUCUCUUCUUCAUUUCUUGUGGGCCUCAAAUUACAAGCUCUGAUCCCAUUUCUCCCAUUCUCAUGAUAUAUACUAUCUAGGUUUUUCUUCAACCAUGGGCUUGCUACCUUAUUCACCGUCGUCAUCUGAUGCCGGAAUCCCAUGCAGAGUUCUAAUGAGCUUCGCCGCCGUGGUUUCCAUUAUAAAGGAAGUCCUUGUUUGCAUUGUUGGAUAUGCCGGAAUAAGCAUCUCCAAGUGGGAAUAUGAUGGGUCCGUCGAGGCGCUGAGCUCGCCGGAAACCCCCAUAAGUCCCUCGGAAUUUUACGUUAGCGCGUUCAAGAAGGCGAGCCAUCCGGUUCGGCGGUACGAUUCCGGCAGGGAAACCGGGGAGGAAUGUUUGGUUUGCCUUGAGGAACUGUUUGAGGAAGAUGGAGAUGGUUGGGUGUACAAGUUGGUGUGUGGACAUGCCUUCCAUGUGGUGUGCAUGGAGACAUGGGUGAGGCAUUGCAAUUUAAGUUGCCCUCUUUGUAGGGCUAACGUUGUACCUCUUCUUGAAGAGGAGGAAUCUAUCUACCCAAUGUAAUAAAAUAUACCUUAGCUUCUU